GCCCCGGCCCCGGCCCCGGCCCCGGCCCCGCCAUGGAUGUGCUCCCCAUGUGCAGCAUCUUCCAGGAGCUCCAGAUCGUGCACGACACGGGCUACUUCUCCGCGCUGCCGUCCCUGGAGGAAUACUGGCAACAGUGGCUAGAAAGUUUGAAAUGGUGGGGAGAGGGGAUGCUGAGCACUGCAGUUGUAGCCACUCGAAAGACGUGCUUAGAGCUGGAACGGUACCUUCAGAGCGAACCCUGUUACGUGUCGGCGUCGGAGAUCAAAUUCGACGGCCAGGAAGAUCUGUGGACCAAAAUCAUUCUGGCUCGGGAGAAGAAGGAGGAAUCCGAACUGAAGGCUGCUUGCAGUCCAAGAGAGGACAUUCCCAUCGGCCACAGUUUCAGCCAGAGCUUAGAGACCAACAGUUUGAAUUCUGAUGUCGGCAGCGAGUCGUCGGACAGCUCCGAGGAACUCUCGCCCACUACGAAAUUUACCUCCGACCCCAUCGGCGAAGUUUUAGCCAGUUCGGGAAAUCUGAGUUCGUCCGUCACUUCCACCCCUCCCUCUUCUCCGGAGCUGAGCAAAGAACCUUCCUCUCAACUGUGGAAUUGUACCCCCGGCGAACUGCACUCGCCGGGUAAGAUUCGUUCCGGUACUGUGGGCAAGAGCGGGGAGAAGGGCGGCGGGGACGCCUCUCCGGAUGGCAGGAGGCGGAUUCACCGGUGUAACUUCAACGGCUGCAGGAAAGUGUACACCAAAAGCUCCCAUCUGAAAGCACAUCAGCGCACUCAUACAGGAGAAAAGCCUUACAGAUGCUCGUGGGAAGGGUGUGAGUGGCGUUUUGCAAGAAGUGAUGAGUUAACCAGACACUUCAGAAAGCACACCGGUGCCAAGCCUUUUAAAUGUACUCACUGUGACAGGUGUUUUUCCAGGUCCGACCACCUGGCCCUUCACAUGAAGAGGCACCUCUGAAGGGGUUCGGGAAGCGAAUCCCGUGGGCGAAGCAGCUUCGAGGUUGAACCGGCCUUGGAAGAAGGGAUGCGUGUUCCAGCCAAAGCAUGCCAUUUUGCACCCUACCCAGUUGCCUCCAGGGCCUUUUCUAGGAAGGUCUAUCGAGGGCUAAUAAAGUCACGUAAGAAGCGGCGGA